UCCCUUCCUGAAUACCCGAGCUGUAAAGAUUCUGAAAUCGACGAGGACAUACAAUACCCGAGCGGCUCAAUUUUUGAUGACAUCGACACAGAAGUCCUUGCGAUUGUCAGUAAGCAUCGCCGCUACAAGAGCCGACUAGGUUCGGUGACGGGUUUCGAGGCAACGUACGAUCUGGUGUACCGGGUUGCUUACGCCUCCGAUGUGCACGAAAUAAUGCUCAAUUGCUUUGCCAUGGAUGCGUCCACCGAGAAUCUUGAAGUCACCUGGGAAGCCAUAAAGAUGAAUCCCAAGAAUGAUUUGGUGGGUGUUUUGCAUUUACUUUAAUUUCUUCCUUUUCUUUUGUGUUGUUUUGUGGUUUCUUUUAUGUUUGUGCUGUGAAUGCAUCAUUAUCCACUGCUAUAUGAGGUUAAAAGAGAAUAAAAUGGUCAAUACUUCUAGGAAAUUUGAGAAUCGUAUGUUAUUAUUUCCUAAUCAUGAUAGGUUGCACAUUUUAUAAUGGGAGACAUGAGGAAAGAUNGCCAUCUUUGGACCUUCUCUUGCACUUUUGGUCGGUGGUAAAAUAAAGUAGCAACUGUUUUCGGUUGGUCAAAGACUGUUGUAUAGACAGACUCAAAGACAAAGUUUUGUAUUCUUGUGCAUUUCCUUUAUAUACAUAUUAUAUUAAAUGGGGAUAUAAAUAUAAGGUUCUAGCCUAGAGGGAAAAGGCCAAUAGUGAUUUUUCCUUCAAUGUUGACAAUUGACAAAUUCUUUAUUGAACUUGGAAUUCCUCAUGUGAUAUGUUCUUGUAGACUCGACUGCUUAGUACCUGACGUACAAUAACAAUUAGUUCUACUAUUGACUUAUGACUCUGAACUACUCUAUCUGUGUGGCCCUUAUUUCCCAUAUACUUGACUUCCCACUUUAAUGCAAAUGCACGAUACUAAAACUUUUUACGGAUCAAUCCCCUUGCUUGAGAAAUCUCAUCAUGGAGUUUGAAUGCUCCAUCUCCAUGAUAACGAUUUAAAUCCGAUUCAAUGAAAGUUCAAUGGCUUCCCAAGUGUUGAGGGCCUUGAGGCACAUCAAUUUCAUUGACAUUUUAUCCAAUCUUUUUUUAAGUCUAUAUGGCCUUGCCCUAUUCCUUCUCCUUAUUCUUUAUGAGCUUUGAAUAGGAGGUCAUCAAUGAAUGAAAUGAAUAAUGAAUAAGUGUCAAUAGGGUAUGUCUUUAACAUAGAAAUUUAUACCACAUUUCUUAUCAGUGUCCUUCUUGUAAUUCAUGAUUGAUUCCUCAAUUUUUGUCUUGUUUUUAGAAGCUCUUCCAUUAUUUUAACCAUAUUUUGUCUUUUACAUUUGUGGCUCAGAAGGUUAAUCGCCACACACAAUCUCAAAAGGGCUUUUACCAGUACCCUUAUUCCACAAAUAAUUAUAAGCAAAUUUUGCUUGCCAUUCCAUUUUUUUUUUCUUUUCUUUUUGGACCGUCUCCAAUCAAACUCCGCAAUCGGUUUCCCAAGAUUUUAUUAACAACUUUCAGUCUUCCCAUAUGUCUGAGAGGAUGGUGGAUAUUGCCGACUAUCCUUAGCUUCCUCCAUAACGACAUCCAAAAAUGCCACUUCUUUAAGAUAAUGAUUUGUAACAUGAAUAUGAGGGGUCUUAUUGCAAUGAACGAAAUACACCAUCAUGAACAAACAAUCGAUCAACCAUAACAUAAAUAUUCCAACUUAACCCUCUUAUUAAUACACAAUUCUGUUAUUCUUGACCGUUUUCACACACUCAAACAAGGAUGCAAUUUGGUUCUCGGAGGUUGGGUGAAGUCAUGUUGUGGCCUUAGAAUUUCUGUUAGGAUUGGUUGUCACUUUUUUGGCAAUGUCAUCCUGCUCCUGUGGUUUGCUUAUGUUAAAGUUGGGAAAUAUAUUUAUCCUCAUGUUCUUCAAAUUAUUACCUAAUGUUUAUUUAAUGGAUCCAGAAUGGUUUUUUAGCUGUAGAUUUAAUAGGAUUUCAAUGUGAGAAUAGUGUAUUCUUCAUUUCUUUUUAUUUCCAUUGGAUUAUGAGAUUCCAUAGGAUUUCUUUUUGUUUGUUUGCUAUUAGUUCCUCUGUUUUUCUUUAGAUUUAUUUUUGUUGUUUCGUGGGAAUGAGGUCUCUUAUGUCAGUGGCUUCAAAAAGGUUUUGCAGGCGGAGGAGGUAAGAGGAUGAAUCUUAGAAAACAAGACAUGAAUUUCAUGUGUGUUUUGUGUGCAGAAAACACCGAAAAACAUUUAGUUUGUCUGUGUGAUGGCAUAACGCGCUUGUGAGAAUCUUAUCCUUGCUGAAGUUGCUAUUAUCAUUACUAUAUUUUGUAUGCCAAUACACUUCUUUAUAUAUGUUACUUCAAUGCAGUCAAGUUUGCUUGAGGAAGGUUCAACCAUCAUAAACAUUUUAGGAUAUAUUGGAGAGUGAAUACGUAGCGAGCAUCAGUGCCUAUGAAUAUGAAGGUUCUGUCAGAAAAAAUCCUCUCUCACAGGAAUCAUAAGAAGCGUAAUGGCAGUGAUCUGGGAAUCUAGAUUUCGUAUUCUUGUCGGACUCGAUAAAUUGCCUGAAGAAUUGACAUUUCUGAACUCCAACGCUGAUGAUGAUGCCAUACUCGAUAGUGAAAUUUUUUGGAACCAUAUUCUUUCAAUUAUCGAGAUGCUCGGGGCUGAAGCUGCAAGACAACAACUUCAGUUUGCUAUGAGUAUUUUGUCUGCUCAACCACACAUGACUACUCCGUGGGCAUUCAUGUUGAAGAAUAUUCGUUUUACUCAAUAUGAAAAUGACCUCAACUAUACGCAUAAUUUGCUGCUACGAAUGAAUCAAACGGUAGCCGACAUUCUUCGCCACAAUAGCCAAGCUUGGUCCUUCAGAAAGCCUCUCGUUGUCAUCCUUCCAGCUGCCUCUCGACAUGAAGAACUCAAAUUUGUGAGAGGGAUUUUGGAAAAUGACCCUACAAAUAGUCCUGCUUGGCUAUACUUGCUUUGGUUUGUCGGGAUGCAUGUAAAAGAUUUCGGGAUUGAUACCAUAGACGCUGAACUCAGAGACGUGGCGGACGUGGUAAAGUGUCAAGAUAACAUGUACGUUUGGCGCUACAGGCAGUGGCUUGUUGCCGAGAAAUAUCAAAAUGGUGGUAAGGUUCAGUCUGAUAUGUCAGUUAUUUGGGAGGAAUUCGACUUGACUGGUCAAGUUUUAUUUCACAACGUACACAACAUCUAUGCCUGGUCACAUAGAAAGUGGAUCAUGGAGAGAUUUGACGGUUGGACAGUUGAACUUCUAGAGUGCAAGGAACUCAAAUAUGAUAGUCGAAAUGCCUUAGCUUGGAACCAGAAAGCCUUCAUUAUCAAGCGUUGGGGCCAUCUAGUAUCUCCGGAACUAAGAGAACUCGAGUUAGAGUUUGUUAGGGAAGCCAUUUACAUGGACCGAGAGAAUGAAUAUCCGUGGAUGUACUUAAGAUGCCUAUACCAAGAUGAGCCGUUCGUGAAUCAAAGAGUAGAAUUCAUCUAUGAGUCCCUUUGUUGUCCCACAAUGAGGGACACAAUAGAUGUGUUCAAGAAUAGAAGGUGGUGUAUUAAUGCUCUUGGCACUCUUUUGCAUCUUAUUUCCCUCGGUUAUGAACCAAAGGAGAAAGCGUGUGGUGUGGUAUUCAGAUUAUGCUCGAGCAUCAAGUUAGCUGCUAACGACAUAGCCGAGUCUCCAUGUUCUUGUGUUGUUACUGAUAACAAGUGUGAAACUUGCCGCUUCUGUUUGAUUUUGAUUUUGCAGCAUCUCGGUCUAGAGGCUCCAUUAUGUAUGGAUAUAGAUGAUUCUAGAGGCUUAGACAUUAGUGUGAAACAGACCGAGAUGCUCCAUUAUGUAUGGAUAUAGAUGAUUCUAGAGGCUUAGACAUUAGUUUGAAACUUGCCG